UCACUUUCUCUUCCUGUUUCCCGUCAUGGCGCAGGAUCAAGGGGAGAAGGAGAACCCCAUGCGGGAACUUCGCAUCCGCAAGCUCUGCCUCAACGUCUGCGUGGGGGGGAGUGGAGACAGGCUGACCCGGGCAGCCAAGGUGCUGGAGCAGCUCACAGGCCAGACCCCUGUGUUCUCCAAAGCUAGAUACACCGUCAGAUCCUUUGGCAUCAGAAGAAAUGAAAAAAUUGCCGUCCAUUGCACAGUCCGUGGGGCCAAGGCAGAAGAAAUCCUGGAGAAAGGUCUGAAGGUGCGAGAGUAUGAGUUAAGAAAAAAUAACUUCUCAGACACUGGGAACUUUGGAUUUGGGAUCCAAGAACACAUCGAUCUGGGGAUCAAAUAUGACCCAAGCAUUGGUAUCUACGGCCUGGACUUCUGUGUGGUGCUGGGUAGGCCAGGUUUCAGCAUCGUAGACAAGAAGCACAGGACAGGCUGCAUUGGGGCCAAACACAGAAUCAGCAAAGAGGAGGCCAUGCGCUGGUUCCAGCAGAAGUAUGAUGGGAUCAUCCUUCCUGGCAAAUAAAUUCCUGUUUCUAUCCAAAAGGCUAAUAAAAAGUUUU